UAGUGGGUGUACCGUGGAAAGGGUAGCGCAGACUGCGCGCGAUUUUGAAACAUACCUUUGGCCUUUACAUGCUUGUAAAAUUUUGCUACUAUUCACGUAAAAAGAGUAAAUGUGUGUCAGAAAUUUAAAUCGUCCGCUUCAACGCCACAGUCUAAGAUCUUUUCCCCGGAAAAAAAUAAUUUAAAGCAUAGAAAAAAAUUGGUAAGGAGAAACGAGUCCCCAUUAAAAAAAUCUUAAAUUGAGCUUACGUUCUUUACGUAACGUAAACGGUAGUGUCCGUGUGCAGGAUAAGAAAAAACCGAGUGCGUCACGCAGUGCAUUUUUCCGUGUGCCGCUACUGUUUUUCGGACGCUGCGGGCGUGAAGAGAGUUAAUUAAACAUCAUAGCGAGUGAACAGGCAGUUCCCAAGGAUUAAGUGGCUUGCUUAACUGUGUCGUGCUGUGUGGUGAACGGUGUGUAAGAACGAAAAAGUUUGGAAAAGCAAAAAUGGAAACAUAUCCAGGAGACAAAUCUUUCUACGAUGUCGGCGUGAACGACUUGAAGGAGCUUUGGGACUCCGACUUGGAAACGGGCAUGGACGUGUUCCGGGACGCGGACGACCCGGACUGGGGCUGCGGGCUGCUGGACGCCCGGCCGCACGUCGUGCUGUACGACCGCCUCAUGACGGACGCCGCGCUCGGCGCCGCGGGCGCGCCCAUCAAGAGCGAGCACUCCUACAGCCUCGCCUCCGACGGCGACCACGACCACGACCACGACGCCGCGGACGCCGACUCGCCGCCGGACUCGCCCCUCAGCCUCGACCGCGUCAUGGACGCGAUGGAGGGCGAGUGCUGGCCGCUGGCUGCGGGGUCCCGGCGUACGUCGCGGCCGCAGCCCACGUCUGCGGGGUCGGCGUCAGUGUCGGUGGGGUCUCCGGUGCUGGUGAAGGACGAGCCGCUGAGCGAGCCGCCGUCGCCCUCCGACUCCUGCCCGCUGUCGCCGGGCUCCUCCGACCAGGACGUCGAUGUCGACGUCGACGUGGACGUCGACAUGGAGGCGGAGCAGGAGGCGGAGGCGGAGGCGGAGGCGGAGCACGUGCCCCAGCAGGCCACCGCCGCCCCCGCGGUGCGCGACCACCAGCAACAGCAGCCCCAGGGCGCCGCCGUGCGGAGGGAGAUAAAGGCCGAGGGUGUACGGACAAGUGGUCAGCAAAGCGUCCUGAAGCAACCCACCAUCCUGCUGGCGACACGCGGUACCAUCUUCGCACAGCAGAAAAUGGUCAUACCAAAGCUCAACAUCAAAGUUGAACCCAACACUUCAGGUUUCACUCUGCCACCGACACCACCGUCCUCAACCACUAGCGACAGUGAAGGCAACGCAUCUCCAGGGCGCGAACCGACAUCCCCAGGAGUAGGUGUAGCAUGUGUGGGGGGCCGCGUGCAACGCUCCAGCUCUGGCUCGACCACUCAGCAGCCUCGCCUCCUGCUUGCUGCCCCUGGCAGGCAGCCCAUCCAGACGCCACUCAUCAGCAACCAGCCAAAAGGGUCAACAGGAAUGUUGAUACUGACAGAGGAAGAGAAGAGAACACUUCUGGCUGAAGGAUACCCAAUCCCAACAAGACUUCCACUCACAAAAGCUGAGGAAAAGUCCCUAAAGAAGAUAAGGAGAAAAAUCAAGAAUAAGAUAUCCGCACAAGAAAGUAGACGGAAAAAGAAAGAGUACAUGGAUGCACUAGAAAGGAAGGUGGAAAUACUCCAGAAUGAGAAUUCAGACUACAAGAAGAAGAUAGAGACACUAGAAGACAGCAACGCUUCACUGUUAAGUCAGCUGCAGAAACUACAGGCCAUUGUAGCGAGAGGAGCAGCAGGAACUGUAGCUUCAAGGGCAGCAAGGAAUAGUGAUAGCUCUUCAUUUUUAACAUCACACCAGCAUUCUUCACGGAGCUCUAUGAAGUAGAGCCUUCACAAUAAUGCUGCUGUCUGGCGCAGUUAUGCUGUGUGUGUGUGAUUGGAAUGCGUUUGAAAGUCUGCCACAGCGUUCCAACCCAUUCAUCAUUUUAAAAGCUCACUGCUAGUCUUCCAUACAUCAUCGGAAAGAAUAUUAGGGAAGUGUGUGAAAUAAUGUGAAGUGGAUUGUUGAAAUGUGAAUGCUUAUUACUUGUUAAGCAGUCUGAAAACUCAAAAUUAAAUUAGUAUUCCUAUGGAAGAAUAAAAUGUUUGAAUAUAAAAUGUACUAUAAGCUCUGCGCAGUGAGAUGUGGUAAAUUACAAUUUAAUUUUUUUAAUGACACAAUUUCUGUGCAGAAUGAACUUUACAAAUUAUAGAGAAAUGGAAGUUCUCAUUAUGUAAAUAACGUAUGCAUUAUCAUCCAUACAUAAAUAUGUACAUGUAACAUGAAUGACAAAGAUGGAAAUUGUAAAUGCAAUCAUGCUCUAAUUUAUCACAAUUUCACUGUAAAGUCUGGAUUAUAAAGUUACGUCCAUUUCUUAUCAGACUACACCAAUCCCUGUUUGUUUGUCUCAGGGGCCAUUUAAAUAAAAGAUUAUUCAGCUAGGAAUGCAAAAUAUUUUUAUAAGACUUUAUUUCUAAGCAGUAGCAUGAUAUUUUUGUUCAGGGUAUGAUAAAUUAGAUGCAUGCCACUACAGCACAAGUGGUAAACUAUUCUCAAUAUAGAUUUUAAUUUGGCUCUAAUUUAAGGUGUGUCUCUUUGUGACAUUUGUUCUCUGAUGUCAUAAUUGUAGAUUUCUCAUUACCUACAUUAAAACUAAUUAAGUACUAUCAGUAUAGUAGCUGCAGGUUAAUUAACUUUGCAUCCAAGCUUUGAAUGUUCUCAUCUUAUCAGUCAGGAGCAAGGCUAGUGACUAAUGUUACUAUACUGAGUGUAUUUCAUAAAAGGAUGCUGCUGCUGGACACUUUGUGGCAAUUUAAAAGAAGUAACAUUAUGCUUAACUCGAACUAGUUACAUUCCAUUGAAUAAUUUAAAUUUGUAGUUGUAUUGGUGUCAUAACUGUGUUGUAAUUAAAGGUACAAAUGACUACAGUGUACAUUAAUAGUCAGUAUUUUUUGAAAAAAUGGUUUAUGUAUGAUUGUGUGAGUGUUGAAGAGUUUGGCUUGACAGAAAAAAACUGUACUUACAGUUUAUGUUGACUGAUGCAUAGGUGUUGAGACUCAUUUGGCUGUAUGUAAAAGCUUACAUGUAACACAGUUUUAUGCAGACAGUUUUAGCUCCUUUGACCAUAUUGGUUUAUUGUGAAGUUACUGCACAUUCAAUUCCCACAGCCUACAACUAUUAUUUUGGCUAUUUCUGCUGAAUGAAACUGUUUUUUAACUUCACUGUAACAUCGACAUGAUGAUAAAUAGGUGCAGUUUUAAUUUUUAUAACAUGCCUCAUAAAAAAUGAAAAGUUCUUUUAUAUAUGUACAUAUAAGCACAUUUAAAAGUACCCAGAAAUUUUGCUUGAGGAGAUGUAAUUCAGAAAAAAUAUCUGUAACUAAAUUACAAUAGUACCAGCAUUAUCAUCUUUUAAAAAUCAUGGCUACAUGCACACCAAGUCUUUAGAUGAAACAUGUAUCAGUUCCAGUCUUGACGUCCUUAAUUUGUCCGUAAUAUACAGCAUAGUACUACACCACAGGUGAUUUUUAUAUCAGUUUAAAUAAACAAACUUUUAUCUCACACUUUUGAAUAACACAUUGCUCCAGUGUUGCCUUAUUGGUUUUUAUAAAACAGUGACAUUUAGAUUAUAUCAGAUACUUUGCAACACAGUGUGAACUAUUUUUAUUUUUGAAGGUAUUGAAAAGCAUCUUAAAUUGAAGUUCCUUUUAAAAAUAACAUUUGUACUAGUUAAACAGGCAAACUAUUUGACAAAUAUAAUAGGUACCAGAUAUGCAUAUAAAUUGAUUUAUUGAUUCAUCCUAUAAAUCUUUCCAGAUUGUGGGAUACAGAACAGACACACAUACAUGCACACAGACAUAAUAAAUGUUUCAUGCAAAAUUACUUUUUGUGCACUUGUCAGACAGUGCUCAUAUUUUAUUUUAUGGCCACUAAAAUAACAAAAACUAAUAACUCAGUCAUUUUACUGUUUCAGUAAAAUUUGUGCAGUGUUCAGAACCAUUUUUCCUGAAAAUGAAAUUUCCGAUAGAUGGUACUUACCUCCUGCUUUAUAUACCUAUGCUAAGAUGGAAAAAUUGUGUUCUUUCUUCCAGAAUGAAUUUUGAUCAACUGCAAUGAAUUGUUAACAUGCCCAUAAUUAUGUCACUCCACACAGUCAGCCUGUUGGAACUCCUCUGUCCAACUAAAUUAACCAUUGAAAAAAUUGUGCCAAUAAUAUAAUUCAUCGUCAAUUGAGGAAAGUAAUGCAAACAUUUAAGUGCCUGUUCCUUAAGAAGUUGUGCAAAAUGUGACUAUUAUAAAUAUUUUUAUAGCCUGUAAUGAUAAUGUUUUAAAAGAGCAGCAUGUAAUUAUGCAGAAUUUUUAGCAACUUGUAUAUAGAAUUUCUGCAAAAAGAUGCUAAACAUGCUGUGGUAACUUUGUACAUAUGAAUUAUACAUAAUGAAACCUGUUGCCGUCUUAAGAAAAUGCUAGUUGAUAUAUUGCUUUGCAGAACCGAGUUACUGAAGGUACGUUUAAGAUAUGUGCAACGGAUUUCCAAUGGCAAGAGGUAUUAGACAUACUGUAAGAGGAAAUAAUGGUACUUACUAUUUCAAAUAGAGUUUAUAUAAUAAAAUAUAUUGUUAAAUCAAGCUAUAAUAUUAUUGUGAAUCUUGUGUAUCAGAUGGUCAUUGGUAGCUAAUAUAAAUGAAAUAAGUCUUGAAAAUGUGAUAUCAUUGCCUUAACAAAGCAACAAACAAAUAAAAUAAAUUUUUAUUUCUGCUAUGGUAUAUGUAAAUAUAAUAUAUAUUUUGUGAUUCUGACAAGACAAGGCAAUUUUUGUCUCAUCUUUUGUGGAAAAUAUGCUCUAAAACCAAAAAUUAGUAUGAAUAAAAUAGUCAUGCAUUGUUUGUAUAUAUUGGCACUGUUAAGACAUUUCACAUUACCAUCAGACAUGAAAUUUGUUGUUAUUCAAUCAGUUCACUGAAUAGUAUUUUUAAGAGUUGUUAUGGUAGAUUUUUGUUUAAAAAUCAAUGUUAUUCCUUAAUUGUGAGGUGUUUCGUUUCAUAGAGAUUUUAUUUAUGAAGAUACAUAAAAUACAUGUAUUUAUUUUAAACAUGAAUUAUGUUACCCAUACAUUUUAGUGAUGUAAUUCACUUCGUUCGAUAUCAUGUUGUUGCAUAUGUUAUUAUGAGCUAAGCAUUUUCACAGUUUUAUGCACAUUUUUAAUUUUGAUAUUGAGCUGAGCAUUUUAAUCCUAUACAAUUCAAGUUUUAUUGUGUGCUGUCUAUACUUCAUGUGUGUGCAAUAUUUUACUAACUUCCUCCUAAGUGGCUGAAUUUGUUGAUCUUGCCAAAAUAGAGAGGUUAUUGUUGAUCUCUUACAUGUAUUAAAAAGGGAAGUAGUGAAGUUUACGUAAAGUAGUUUGUAUGGUGGUGCAGUGUAUCCACAGAAUUCAACAGGCAUUUAUGGAGUAAAAAAAAAAGUAUAUAUGUUCAUGUCACUUUGCACUUUUGAGUAUGUAGUGUGGGGACAACAGAUAUAAAUAAAAAAAUAUGAUAUGAAA